AUCAGUUGUACAGAGCAUCGUAUUUAUUGUAGAUAGUGGUGUUGACUUUUGUUUGCUAAGAAAAAUCUGCAGAAUUUAUGUUGCAAAGUGAAAAUUGUCGUAAAAUGUAGAUGUUAAUUUAUUACUUCUCGGGAGGCAAAGAAAACCAAACCCGUACAUCUAAAAACAAGAAGGUGCUUGCCGUACAGGAAAUUUAUAAAAAUUGGUUCCACAGCGCUAGAUUAGAGAUUGGCACAUUUUAAUUCGUUUAGCCACUGGCAUGAACCCAACAAUGAUCAAAAAUGGGUCUAGAGAGUGAACUGCAAAGGAUUUGCUCCCCGCUUGGAAAAGACGGCGAAAUCGGUGAUCGGGAGUACCUCGGACUGUCCACGGUCAUAGCGCUGCAGCGGCUACACGACGACAUUGAAAUUGUGCUGACUGCCUACGAGGAGAGAUUCGUCAAGCAAAGAUGGAUCUUGCUCUUCAAAUCAUCCUUUGUAGGAAACUUAACAAGUGCUCUUAGCUGGUUCCCCUUGCUGGCAACAGUGGCUUUAAUCGCGUCAUUUUUUAUGAUAGGUUAUCGUUUCUCUGCCGGUUUUAUUCUGGUUCUUUUAUUGCUUACUAUAGUAACGAUUGUUCGUGAAAAUGUUUUGCGUAAAACGGAGAUCUUCCGUAAAGUUCGGAGCGUUCUACAAGAGAUCAAAUUGGGCACGAAACUGUGCAGCGAAUGGAUUCCUUCCAACUAUCCCCAUAUCUGCAGUCCAUUAUCACCGUGUGUAACCCUUCAAUGGACUUACCGGGAUGGGAAACUUGUUAAUCUUCCUUGGGCUCUGUUGGUCCGAGGGGACCAUAUAGUGAUGCGUCCGGGUCAAGUUUCUCCUGGAACGUGUACCGAAAUCUCCGGAAAACGAUCGUUCAAAUGUGGCGAAACCUAUGGUCUAGCGCAAACCAUGGAUCCACCGAAGAAACCAAUUGCUCGUGCUCCCAUACCGGACCUGAUAUGCGUGGUGGAAGUUACUCCUUUUCUAGACAAUCUGCGUACAACGUUGGACAAUUUCCUAAAUCGCCCGACUACUAUCAUCAACCAACAACGAGAUCUACUUAUCACGAAAUGUAUCCAACAAUGUGGAUGGUUGAUUGUACUCACACUUACGCUAAUAGUUGGUGUUCUUCGCUACUUAGGAUUUUAUUUCAACGGCAAAGUUCCCACCAACUGGCGUAACGUCUUCCUGCUCAACCCUUCCGCGGCUCUGCUUCCAAUCCUACCGCUUGUCUUUCCGUUGCUAUGGAUAGCUAUUAAUUUAUGGGGAACUGCCCGGCUGGAAGCCUUACUUUCCAUACCGCAUUCAGUUAUGCGCACGGCAGCUCAUAAAUCCUUUCAGGAAGAUUUAGACACCCCGACUGGAGAUCUGGACCACGUCAAACUUCCUCGCCGGUUAGUAGCGUACUACUGGUGGCAGCUAUUUCUUGGUCGAAGCGAGCUGCUUAGUCGUAGCGCCAAUGUGGUGCAGGUGCUAGGAACGAUUACGGCUCUUUGCUGUGUAGACAAAAAAGGAAUUCUUUCGUGGCCGAAUCCAACCGCUGAGAAGGUAUUCUUUCUACGAAGUGCCUCGAAUGACGAGAAUCACACAACGGAUCAGUCGGACCAGAGUAGUCUAAAUUCGCAGUGCUGCCAGGAACACUAUCACCCACUUUCGCAUAUACUAGAACUGAGCUCCCAGAAGGAAGGCUGCGGUGCUAUUGCAGAGGUCCUGGAUCUUACCCACGAUCAGCAUAGUCCAUUCAAGCUGGAGUUUGAUGAUCAUGAUUACAAAAACCAUCUGAGUUCUUUGAAACCAUUGGGUCUCGCCAUUCUCGUCAAUACCUGCUGCCCGCUUACUCAGGCCCACUAUGCAAAAUUCUGUGGACACGUGACGGCCGUUGCCAUGCUGGACAAGGAUUUGGUCCCCGUGACCAACCGGUAUGCCAUUGUAGAGUCGAGUUUGAAUAGCUUUAUGCAUGGACGUUGUUUAUGCGAGCUGGCCCGCCAAAUCGGCUUCACUUCACAUGCUCGGGACAUCUUCAAUCUGGAAGGACAAAUCUCGAGCUACCGGCAUCUGCUACCGGAUGUUGUACGACGCGACAUCAAGUUCGCACGGGCACUUCAGCUGGCCGCCAAGGUUAAGGUUCCCUUUCCCCACUCUCUGUCGGUAGUAAUGCGCGAGACUCCGGGUGGUUCGCUGCAGCUGCUAACUCAGGGUACGGCUGACAUCGUGUUGGACAGCUGUGACGAUUACUGGGACGGUCACGACUUGCAUCCACUGACGGAGAAGGAACGAAAACGUGCACAAGAUUUUUACCAGCGAAGUGCCCUGACGGCUUACUGUACGGCGUUUGCGUAUAAACCGUUGCGACACGGAAUAACCGGUGCACUGUCAGGUGGGAGUACAGGGGAAGUGGCCUAUUUGGAAUUGCCGCCGGAGAGUAAGAACCAUAAAGAUUCUUAUCGGAGAGAUCAUUCGCUGGACUAUGAUCGUGGAGGUGCUCCUUUGACACACCAUUCGAUCAGUACGGAUUCACUGUUGUUCACCGAAAAUAAGGAUGAUGACAUCUCAGAUGUUGAUGGAUGCUACGAUAUGCAGUGUCAUCAGGUGUUUAUCGGGAUGAUUACGAUGCAGUAUCAGGCACAGACAGAUAUCGUACAGCUUAUUGAACGAUUGGAGCGGGCUUGCAUCAGAUUUGUACACUUCAGCAAAGAGAACGAGCUUCGCUCCAGAGUAUUCUCUGAGAAAAUGGGUCUCGAAUCGGGUUGGAAUUGUCAUAUCUCUUUAUUAAGCGAUAACGAAAGCGGAAUACCUUCACCGUCGAAGAAUUUCGAGUUCAAAGUGCACCCGUCUAGUUCAAAUGUGCAUAGUGACUUGGAUGAACAAAAUGAACUGAACAAAUUGCUUCCAAAUCUAGAGGCAUCAAAAACACUAAGUUCAUCUGCUCCAGGUGCGAUCUCCAAUCCAGAUUCAAAUUUGAUGGAUACGCAUAAUGGACACGACAAAGGGCCAGCUAUGGGUCGGUCCCAUGAUAGUUUCGAGCUUAGAGAUUUGAGACACCAACAACGCCAGCCAAGGCGAACUUCUCAAGAUUCUGCGAUGGAUUGUGCGGCACACGACGACAAUUGUCGAUCUCUAAGCUGUCUGACAGAUAGCACUGAGCAAAGUGCACCAAUCAAUUUCGAUAUGUCGAACCGAGCAAAACUUCCGCGUGGAAUCGAGAAUAUCCGACCUCACCUGGAAAAUGUAGAUAACGUUCCUUUACUCGUAUCCCUGUUUACGGAUUGUUCCGCAGAAGCUACCAGAGAGAUGCUAAAGAUAAUGCAACAAUACGGCGAAAUCGUGGUUUGUCUUGGUUCAUCCGCUUCAAAUUCCAACUCGGAAAUAUUUCUUCAAGGCGACUGUUCAAUAGCUAUAGAACCACUCUACCCUCAAGUUUGUCAGGACUAUCCUGCCUAUGUGGAAUCUAACAUUUACAACAAUAAGGCGAAACUGCAUCCUCCAACGCAAAGCAAACUGUUCCGGUCAAUUCCGGAGCAGAUCGUAACUAUUUCGCCAAUCUAUCUCAGUCGAUUGCUAAACUCGAUUUCCUGCUCGAUCGCUACCUGCCGAGAUGACCCUAUCUCAAUCGUUGCUGUCAUCGAAUUAUCUCGUCGAUUUAUACAAGGGCUCUGGAGUUGCGUUCAGUUCUGGACUUGCUGUGGAGUUUCAUUGGCUGUAAUGAACACCAUAACUGCGAUUCUGUCACUGCCACCGAUGAUCGUACCUCACCACGCACUCUACGUAAUGUGCUUUGCCGUGCCGUUAAUAUCGUUCUCACUGCUACGAAUUGACAUUGAUCCUGCAAUCAUGAAGCGAGCGACUGGCAAAAAACAAACAACCCUCGACUCCCGACUCGCAAUUUUCAUCAUAUGGUGCUAUGGCAUUAAGUUUAGCCUUGUAGUACUGUUUCUAGUCAUCUCCUACUGUUCCUUCCUGUCGCACCCGAUUGAGAUCUUCUCCGAUGAUGAGGAGGACGUGCCUGAGAACUUUAACAAAGAUCUGGCAGUUGCACGCAGUUUCGUUCUACUGGGGACCAUCAUGCACUUCGUUACCGUAUCAGCUUCCUUCGUCCACCGCGACUACACAUGUUACCGACGAAGUCCGUUUAGUAAUCUGUGCUGGGUAUCCGUAGUCGCCGGACUGCUGCUGUUCCACACUCUCACUAUAGUUGUUCAUAUUUGUACCGAUGACUACUACUGGGAUGAAAUGGAUCGUGUCUGGCCGAUCGUGCUGUUCCUGCUAUUGACCACGGUAGUGACGUUCGCCCUAACCGAGUUCUUCAAAUGGGAAGAGAUCAAAGUCAACAAUAGAUAUACUCGACGAGCGAGACUGGACUUCGGUACCAAGUUGGGCAUGAACUCGCCAUUCUAGGUGCUGAAGAUGAAACCACUAUUAACGAACAACAAAUCAGCAACAUCAAUCGGCUUUUUCGACCCCAAAAAUGAUUUGGUUGUAAUCGAAUGUAUUCUGAAAAGUGUGUAUUUAUAGAUAUAUGUAUAUUUACUAUUUUAACAUAGUUACUGAUAUAUUUGAAAACAAACAUAUUUUCGGCUGAGUUAAGUUUAUAUUUUGCUGUGAAUCAUUGCGGGUGCGUAUGCGUAGGUAUGCCUUUAUUUUUACCUGAGGGAUUCUUGACUGCCCACAGCAGUAUAUUAGAC